AUGCUGCCAGCUGUUGGGAAACUCUGCUGUGCAAUAGUGUAUCCACACUGCCGGAGCAUGACAGGUCUGCAAAGAACAGCUAUGGCAGCCAUAGUUCACGAGAUAGGUCACAUGAAGAAAGGAGGGCAUCUCUCCCUUCCUGACUGGGCUGGCCAGCUGAAGUGGCCUGGAUGCAUGAACCGUGGAGAAGUGAGAACAGAAGAAGUAAGAACAAACAGACCCAUCACCUUGAGGGAGGAAGAGAUGGCCUAUUUGAAGCAAGGACAGGAAGCUUUGCAGAAGGCCCUGGAGAUCGUUGAUGACCAGACUGGAUGGAAAAUAGAAACAUCAGAGGAAAAUGGGGAUGUGAUCUACAGUAAGGUUCUUCCUGGAGCCAGGAAAGUUUUCAGACUAGAAGCUGUUUUAGAUGCUUCCCCAGAAGAGCUCCAUGAUCACUUGUUUGUGAAAGUGGAAGAAAUGAAUCAGUGGAACCCCAAUAUCAAGCAGAUUAAAGUACUGAAGCAUGUUGGCAAAGACACCAUGGUUACCCAUGAAGUCUCUGCAGAAACAGCGGGCAAUUUGAUUGGCCAGCGAGAUUUCCUCAGUGUCAGACACAGCUACAAACAGAAGUCCUGUAUCUACUUAGCUGGCGGGGCCACACACGUGGAGUCCUUCCCUCCCCAGAAAGGGGUUGUAAGAGCGGAAGAUGGGCCAACUUGCAUUAUCAUACAACCGGAUGGAGACAAUACUGACAGGAGUCGAUUCACUUGGCUUUUAAACAUGGACCUGAAGGGAUGGUUACCGAAGUCCAUCGUGAGCCAGGCGUUGCCACGAGUGCAGAGCGACUUCGCGCGGUAUCUGCGCCGGCAUCUGGCAGAGCGGCUGCAGUCGACGCUGAUGAGCUCAUGCACCCCAACCUUCAGAUGUGUGCGUGCUUGA